UCACAAACUCCACCAUGCAAAGUUGCUGUUGUGCUGGACGCAUGCUGUGAGCAUGCACAUAAGUGAAAAACAUACUGAUAGACUAAACAUGCAUGCGAUAUUAUACAAAUAACAAUGUGAGAUGCAUGAUGAUGUGGGUUCCAUUCUGUUGUUCUGGGGUUCCAUUCAAUCAUCCACUUUUUCCUGAACUUGAGGUUCCUGGCCUCUAGACACCUGCAAGUUGGAGGGCCUCCAAGAAUGGAGUCAGGGCCUCUCUGAUGCCGUCUCCCACUAUCCUCUGAAGAUCAGCAGGUCUUAGUGGUGGUGACAGCUCUAGCUCCACAGAUGGUGGCGGUCUCAUUUUUGUGGCUAUUAUUAUGUGUCCGUGAAAGUGUUCGAUGAAGGAGAGCACAUUGUCCAACCUCUUUGUAAGGUACUCGAACACAUGGAGGCGCACUAUCCCCUGCUGUAUAACUUGGGUGACAUGUCUGUUUGCAACAAACCCUGUGGGAACAACAAAGGUGUCGAUUGCACCUAGUAGGGAGAAUUUCCUUAGGACUACUGGUGUUUAAAACCAACUACCUUCUCAUAGCACAUUCUCCAGUUUGAACACUGUACAAUACUGGUGCACAUACCUAGACUUUCACCAAUCUAUGGUGGUCACAACACUCAUGUGACUGUCACAUGACAACAAUGGCCGCUAGGUCUUUAAAAAACUGGUUUAUUUAUGGGGGGACUAACAAGUCUGCCACGCCAGUGAGCUCGUCACACACGAGACCACACCAAUGUUUGUGGGGGUUGCCUGUUGUGGAUCUCACAUGGUACUGACUUGUUCUGGCGGUAUAUACAAAAGCAAGUUCGCCAUCAAAGACUUCCCCCGCACCAUCCGAGAACAAAUCUAUGGCUAAUGGAAUGUCCUCCAGUGUUGAAAACAGCUGCUCAAGAAUUGGGGGCACUGGUACGGUGGCUAUAUACAGUGACGGGAGAUCUCAUAAUAAGCGCGCUGGGUCCGUUCUCUACACUUGAUCCGUUUGGUCUUUGUCAUUUUGCAGGCCGUGUCCUUCUUGCCCUUUAUGCUGGCCGUGUCCUUGCUGGCUGUGUCUUUCUUGCUCGCCAUGAUCUUUGCCGAUCACGACUGAAAAGAGACGCAGGUCCGAUAGGGCAGGUUGAAUCGUGGCUCAGACACACAAACAACAACAAGACGGACCACUCUCGGCGCAAGUGCGCAUGCUCCCACAUGCGCGCACGUGUGCGCGCGAGAACUAACUGUCAAUAUUUCGCUCCCCAUUUGGUGCACCCACCAGCUAGUAAUCAUGUUUAGGCUGCUUGCUCAGGCACGGCGAAGCGCCGUUGGCAUGGAAUGUGCUCGUAGAUCUCUAAGUUCCAGUCCUUCUCCGGCAGCUGGCACGCCAGAGAGGGUGGAUGACCUCCUUCAAAGAAUGUCAGAGGAACUGGAGGGAAGGAGUAAACGUGAAGCUGUGUCAGAUGUGCAGUCAAGCUUCAAAUCUACUCAGCACUCCAAUCUGGCAGGCACACUUAGUGAGGGAAAUGUCAGGCAACAUCGUGCUGCUAAUGGAGCAGCGGGGAAGGAGUGGGGAAGAACAACGAGGAGGGAGAAUAGAUGGGGAGAGGGUGAGUGGGGAUAUAGGAGGGGAAGGAGGGGCUCUGGGAAGGAGAACUGGUAUGGAAAAGGGAGGGAAAGGAGAAACAAUGCAAGCCGAGAGAUAAUGCGAGAGAAGACAGCGAGGUUGGAUGUUACCACUAUAACUACACAACAAUGGAACACUCCCCUCCCUAAAAGCACAAGAGAAGAAAGUGAACUGUUUGGCAGAGUGAAUACUGGAAUCAACUUUGACAACUAUGACAGAAUUCCAGUGGAGAUUUCUGGAGAUAACUGUCCCAGACCUAUUGUAGGCUUUGAUGAGUGUAACUUUGCCUCGAUGUUACAGGAGAACGUCAAGUUGGCCCAGUACUUCAAGCCAACUCCAGUACAGAAGCAUGCAGUGCCAAUAAUGAUGGAGGGAAGGGACCUUAUGGCCUGUGCCCAGACUGGCUCCGGGAAGACUGCAGCCUAUUUGUUUCCUAUCAUCUCAAGCAUCCUCAGCAGUGGCCCUCCUCCCCAGCCACCACCUCCUCCUCUUCCUUCCCCUCCUUUGCUGGAGAGGAAUGGCUACCGUGAUGAGAGGCAGUACCCAAUGGGUUUGGUCUUGGUCCCAACUAGAGAACUAGCUUCCCAAGUCCACUCCGAGGCAGUCAAGUACUCCUACCGCUCCCUUAUCCGGCCUUGUGUUGUGUACGGAGGGACCAGCAUCACCACUCAGAUGAGAGAUGUGGCUAGAGGCUGUGUUCUGCUGGUGGCCACCCCAGGAAGACUGGUUGACUUCAUAGAGAGAGGCAGGAUUGGACUUGACCUAUGCCGGCAUGUAGUUCUGGAUGAGGCGGACAGGAUGCUGGACAUGGGGUUUGAGCCACAGAUUAGGAGUGUGAUAGAGAGAGGUAGCAUGCCUCCAGUUGGAGAGAGACAGACUGUCAUGUUCUCUGCCACUUUCCCAAGGGAAAUCAGGAACUUGGCCCAGGACUUUCUCUCAACCCCUCUGUUCCUAGCAGUAGGUCGUGUUGGCUCCACCAGUGAAGAUAUACAGCAAGUUCUAAUGUGGGUGGAGGAACAUGAGAAAAUCCCAACAUUGAUAGAUAUACUUGGGAAGACAGAUGCUGAUCCUGAAAGUUGUACUCUAAUCUUUGUUCAAACAAAGAGGACUUGUGACAAACUGAACGACAUUUUAUAUGAUAAGGGUUUUCGAUGUACCAGUAUUCAUGGGAUCGCAGCCAAUCUCAGCGAGAGGGUGCUCUGAGGUCGUUCAAGUCAGGUCGUACUCCCAUCUUGGUUGCCACCUCAGUGGCUGCUAGAGGACUGGAUAUUCCCAACAUCAAACAUGUCAUUAACUAUGACAUGCCUUUGGAUAUUGAUGAGUAUGUCCAUAGAAUUGGCCGGACUGGCCGUGUUGGUAACCCAGGGCUAGCCACCGCAUUCUUCAAUGAUGACAGCCGUACAGCGAGCAGUGAGCUCCUGGUGUUGCUGGAGGAGAACAAGCAGGAGGUACCCUCCUGGCUGCGGGACCUCCACUUCGAGAUGAGGAUACUUCCGAAGAUAAAGAGGGACGAGAUGAGACAAAGACAAAGAGGGAAGUGGCAGCAGAGGUAUGUUUCAACUUCUAGCACAGCAAAUCAAUAACUGAAGAGCACGUGUUGAGGAACGGGACCGGAGGAGAGGUGGAGGAAGAGGUGGACAUGAACGUAACUGGUAGAAACUUCAAACGUAUUAUUGUAUUGCAGAUUGUAAAUGAUAUGAAUUAUUAUUCUGUUAUGAGGUUGGGAGAGAAUGGAUUAGGCAAGUGACAAGUUACCAAGUACAUUCAGGGUUAUUGUGUGUUCAAAGUUUUGUGUUUGCUGUGAAUUAUCUUU